AUGAACGCUGAACCAGCUGACCCACGCGCUGACAAGGGCACUAAAGACGUCGCAGAGACCAUAACCGGCGGAGACACGAUACACGCAUUGAAGGACAACGUAACCAACGAGGAGGACGAGCGGGACGAGCAAGCCGCUUCGAAACGUACUGGUGCUGCAACCGCGGAGAGCAAGAAGAACGGUAUCGCGCUGCUGGGCGUGGGGUCACUAUCGCAAUGGGGCUGGGCCGAAAGGCAUUCCAAUGAAGAUCGGUGUGUGGUGGAAAACAUUGAGCAGUUCCACCUGUUCGCGGUCAUUGAUGGUCAUGCUGGCUGGAGGACGGCCGAUUUCCUAGUCGAAGAGCUGUUCAAGACGCUGGACGGAGUGUACGACAACAGCUUCGACCAGACCAAGCUCUUCAAAGUACUGGAGGAACUGGAUAGUAAGAUCUACUAGUAGGCUAUUAUUUCUUCUUCCUUUUUUCAAACGAUCGGUCUUCGUAGUUGGCAAUGCAAGUACACGAUUUAAGCUUGGUU